GUCAGCUUACACCGCGUUCUUUCUUUCUCGUCUCUGUGUCUCUCUUCAGAGUUCAUUCUUCUCUGCUGGUGAUCUUGAGCCAACAAAGUAUACAGACGUUCAUUGAGACGAGAAUAAAACCUUCACCGAGAAAGUGGGCUCUUGCUUCUCAGUUCUCACCCAUGAUGGGAAUCUUCUCCAAAUUCACCACUUUACUUUUGAUUCUGCUGUCAUGCACUAGCUUCACUUCAACAGAAGCUUAUGAUCCACUUGACCCAAAUGGAAAUAUCACAAUCAAAUGGGAUAUCACGAGCUGGACUCCUGAUGGCUAUGUUGCAGUUGUCACAAUAUACAACUUCCAGCAAUAUCGUCACAUUCAAUCACCAGGGUGGUCACUGGAAUGGACAUGGGCGAAGAAGGAGAUAAUUUGGGACAUGGUGGGAGGCCAAGCCACAGAGCAAGGAGAUUGUUCUAGAUUUAAAGGAAACAUCCCACAUUGCUGUAAAAAGAGUCCAACAAUUGUUGAUCUAUUGCCGGGCGCACCUUACAACAUGCAGAUUGCAAAUUGCUGCAAAGGCGGUGUACUCAGUUCAUGGACGCAAGAUCCAGCUAAUGCAGCAGGUUCAUUUCAGCUCAGUGUCGGUGCAGCUGGAACCUCCAACAAAACAGUCAGAAUGCCUAAAAACUUCACUCUGAAGACACCGGGGCCUGGUUAUACUUGUGGAGUUGCAAAACUUGUUAAACCAAGUAAAUUUUUUACAGCAGAUAAAAGGAGAGUCACACAAGCUUUGAUGACUUGGAAUGUGUCGUGCACAUUUUCACAGUUUCUAGCGCAAACAACUCCCACUUGCUGUGUCUCACUCUCAUCCUUCUACAAUGACACAAUAGUGCCCUGCCCAACAUGUUCAUGUGGCUGCCAAAGCAACAUGUCCGAGUCAGGGAGCUGUGUUGAGGCAAAUUCACCACAUCUAGCUUCAGUUGUUUCAGGUUCUGGCAAGAAUAUCUAUACGCCUCUGGUUCAAUGUACAAGUCAUAUGUGUCCAAUCCGAUUUCACUGGCAUGUUAAGCUUAACUACCAGGAAUACUGGCGGGUGAAGAUCACAGUGACAAACUUCAACUACAAGAUGAACUAUUCAGAUUGGAACCUAGUUGUUCAACACCCCAACUUCAACAAUCUGACCGAGAUUUUCAGCUUUUACUACAAGUCAUUGAAUCCAUAUGGAACAAUAAAUGAUACUGCGAUGUUAUGGGGACUUAAGUUCUACAAUGAUUUGCUUAUGCAAGCUGGCCCUCUUGGCAAUGUUCAAUCAGAGCUACUUUUUCAAAAGGAUGCAACUUUCACUUUUGAGAAGGGUUGGGCUUUCCCCAGGAGGGUCUAUUUCAAUGGUGAUAGCUGCGUCAUGCCGCCUCCCGAUGCCUAUCCUUGGUUGCCAAAUGCUGGUUCGCGGCGACGCACUUCCUCACUUACUCUAAUCAUGACUUUAUUGUCAGCCUUCACAUUCAUGCUUGCAUAUUCCUAAAGUCUAUAAUAUUGAAUGCGUAAAAAUGAUAUUCUAAAGUUUUCACAAGGAUCAAAUUGAAUACAGGGCCUAUGCAUCUUGGCAAUGACUUCCAGCAGCAGUUAAAGUCGAAUUCGUCUCCACUAUGAUCUUUUACACUAAUAUUCUUUUGUAUUGCAUAUGGGUGGGUGAAUUCACUGCCUUUUUGUUACUUCCAGCUCUUUUAUGUUGGUUCGCUUACCAAAUCAUCUUGUUUCUACAAUAUUCACAUCCAUACUGUAAUAUUUGACAAGAAUAUGGAGAUAUUUCUGGUUAUCACAGCAUAUUUUUGUUACUAUUCCUCUUUUCAUUUACCAUAUGAGCUUGUUGAUUCAAUUACAUCACAUUUUGUGAUGGAUUAGAGGCAAUUUUGCAUGUGAAUCGAACAUCUUAUCUAUAAGGUUCUGCUUGAAACCAUG